AUGGAGGAGAUGAACCACACACAAUUCAGCAGCUUUAUAUUGCGAGGUUUCUCGGACAUUGAAGAUAUAAGAAUAUUGCUCUUUGUCUUCUUCCUUUCUUUGUUCCUCCUCACACUGACUGGAAACAUGGUCGUUAUCAUGGUGGUGCAAAGUCACGCUCGUCUUCACACACCCAUGUACUUCUUCAUCACUGUCCUUUCUGGCCUGGAGAUGUGGUACACAAUGACUACAGCCCCCAAGCUUUUGUCUCUUUUACUUACCAAAGACAAUAGUAUUUCCUAUGGGUGGUGCUUUGCUCAGCUCUAUAUGUUCCAUAGUUUGGGCAUGACGGAGUGUGCUGUACUGGCUGUAAUGGCCUUUGAUCGUUGCAUGGCGAUAUGUAACCCUCUGAGAUACACCAUAAUCAUGAAUGACAGAAUGUGUAGAUGUCUGGCCAGUCUCAGCUGGACAUUUGGUUUUCUGGCUGCAACCAUUCCAUUCACAAUGACUAUAAAGGUUCCUCUGUGCCGAGCUCAUAUUAUAGAUCAUUAUUUCUGUGACCUAGCACCUUUACUGGCCUUGGCUUGCGCAGACAUUUCAUUCACCAAUACCAUCAAUAGAUGUGUCAUUGGUUUUGCAACCAUGUUUAAUUUCAUGUUUAUACUAGUCAUGUAUAUAAAUAUUAUAUGGGCUAUUAUGAAGUUACAGUCAAACACGGGGAGAAUGAAGGCCUUCUCUACUUGUUCUUCUCAUCUGAUUGUCGUGGCUCUUAUUUACGGCACUGCUUUUAGUGUUUACGGCAGCCCAAACAAAUCCCAGAUUGUAAACUAUGACAAGCUAUUUUCCCUGGUUUACACUGUAUUCACCCCUUUUCUAAAUCCCUUUAUUUAUAGUUUACGGAACAACGAAGUGAAGAUAGCUUUAAGAGGAAUCAUUAAAGGAAAGCUAGAUAUAUUCAGGUUAAAGUGA